CCUCGUUGCUGCUCGGAUGCACUUUGUUACGCCACGUUUAUUCUAAAGUCGAGGGGAAAACUAGAGAGAAGUCUUUCUGGGAGCUAAAUAUUCCUUCAGAACACGUCGCUGUGCAGAUUUGCAAAACUGGCUGCAGAAAUAGUUCAAAUCCGGACUAUCUGUGUGUGGACUUCAGACCAAACAGUUUCUUGUUAGGAUUUAUUCAUUUCAGGGUGGAAAAAUAAACCUGUUUGUGUUUGGAAGCGUUUUUCCUCCCAUGGAGUAGGAGAGAAGCAACCAUGAAACUGUUUACGCGUCCUCGUUCUUAAGUCAGUUUGCUCUGUUGAAAUUCUGUCUAAUGUUGAAUUAAUUUGGAUGUUAAAACUGUUACAGUCACUAUAUAAAUGUCUAAAAUAGUAAACAAGCCCGUAGGGUUAUGUCCAUCUGAUCUUUCUUCCGUUUGGCGGAUAUUUUUACGCGCAGCGCGCACCGUUUGUUAUUCUCCAGUCACACCAAUGACUGCACUCGUUGGAGGGAGAGCGCAUCGUUACUGUUGAUGUCUUCUCCCUCUGAUUUCUGAACUUAAUCGUAGUGGAAGAGGCUGGUGUAUUUGGUGUAUAGGGGAGGAGGGGGGCUGUGUGGUCGUGGCAGAGCCUUGAAGAUCACUCAUCAGAGCGCAGAGGGGCCCGGGAAGGAGAGGAGAGAGAACCGGAGACAAAACGCUCCUCUGUGGAGAGCGGAGCUGAGAUCUAAGCGCAUCUGGAGAAAAAGAGGAAAAAGUGGGUCCGGAUGGAGCUUAAAAUAACAGGAAUAUCACAGGCUGGGCAUUCCCUCACAAAUGGAUUAUCAAAGGAAUAUAACAAUCAGUCGGACUACCUCAUUCAUGCGUGAUUACUUAAGGUAACAUUUCCACCAGUGUGAAACAGGAAGUGUCGUCUGUGAAGCAGCCAUGGGCCAAGGAGCUGCGCUUCUGCUCAGUGAGCUUCUGCUGCUGUUGCUGACAGCUUCACGCACUCUCCUUGCAGUCAGCUUCCCGGAGGACACCGUGCCCCUCAACGUCAUUGACGCACACUUUACUCUGAAGUACCCUGUGUUCAGAGGAAAGCUCUCUGGCAAUGAGUCGCAGCAUCAUCUUGACUUUCAGCUGAUGACCAAGAUACAGGACACGCUGUUCAUUGCUGGCAGAGAUCAGGUGUACCUCGUCAGUCUGAGGGAAUCCUACAGAAAUGAGAUCAUUCCUUACCGGAAGUUAACAUGGCGAUCGGGCCAAGCUGACAGAGAGAUGUGUGCUGUAAAGGGAAAACACAGAGAUGAGUGUCACAACUUCAUCAAAGUUCUGGUUCCCAGAAAUGAUGACCUGGUGUUCAUCUGUGGCACCAAUGGCUUCAACCCCAUGUGCAGAUACUACAGGCUGGAUAACCUCGAGUUUGAUGGAGAGGAGAUCAAUGGUCUGGCCCGGUGCCCGUUCGACUCCAAGCAAACCAAUGUGGCCCUUUUCGCUGAAGGAAAGCUGUAUUCGGCAACAGUUGCUGACUUCCAGGCCAGCGACUCAGUCAUCUACCGAAGUAUGGGUGAUGGAUCAGCCUUGAGAACCAUCAAGUAUGACUCCAAAUGGCUGAAAGAACCUCAUUUCCUGCAUGCAGCAGAGUAUGGAAAUUACGUGUACUUUUUCUACCGAGAGAUUGCAGUGGAACACAGCAAUCUGGGGAAGGUUGUGUAUUCUCGAGUGGCCCGAAUCUGUAAGAAUGAUGUUGGCGGGUCGCAGCGGGUGCUGGAGAAGCACUGGACAUCCUUUGUGAAGGCGAGGCUAAACUGCUCCGUGCCGGGGGAGUCCUUCUUCUACUUUGAUGUGCUUCAGUCCAUCACCGACAUCAUAGACAUCAACGGAGUUCCCUCGGUUGUGGGGGUGUUCACGACACAGAUGAACAGUAUCCCAGGGUCAGCAGUGUGUGCCUUUACCAUGACGGACAUAGAAAAAGUAUUCUCUGGUCGGUUCAAAGAGCAGAAAACACCCGACUCGGUGUGGACACCAUUUCCAGAAGAGAAGCUGCCCAAACCUCGACCUGGGAGUUGUGCUGGUCAUGGUCCGGCUGCAUCCUUUAAGAGCUCUGUGGAGUUUCCAGAUGAUACCCUACAGUUCAUCAAGUCCCACCCCCUUAUGGACACAGCUGUGCCUUCUAUCGGGGAUGAGCCUUGGUUCACCAAAACACGUGUCCGCUACCGGCUAACAGCUCUGGCUGUUGACAACCAAGCUGGACCCCACAAGAACUACACAGUGGUCUUCAUUGGGUCUGAGUCUGGAGUUAUACUCAAGGUUCUAGCCAAGACCUCCUCAGAUUUCCUGGGUGACAGCCUGCUUCUGGAGGAGAUGGACAUUUUCAACAAGGCCAAGUGUCUGUCGAACCGUGAGGAUGACAAGCGUGUCCUCUCACUGCACGUAGACAACGACGCGCACAGCCUUUAUGUUGCCUUUUCAAGCUGUGUUAUUCGUAUCCCCCUGAGUCGCUGCGAAAGGCAUUCCUCCUGCCACAAGUCCUGCAUUGCAUCAAGGGAUCCUUACUGUGGCUGGAAGCCUCAUGGGGCCUGUGAGAAGAUACAGCCUGGUGUUUUGACUGGAUAUGAGCAGGAUGUCGAGUUUGGAAACACGGCCCACCUUGGAGACUGUCAUGCAUUUUUGGGCACUACUUCAGCGCCAGAUGGCAAAUCAUUUGGCGCCCCUACCUCUGACAUGGAGUUUUCAACAGCACCAGUCACUGUCCAGCCAAGUGAGCCCAUACUCCCCCCAGUUCCCAUACCCAGUAAGAGCUCUAGCUCUGAGCCUGGUCCAGAGCUCUACGGCUCAGGGUUUCCACUGCAGGAUGACCCAGCCACCUCCCAUACUUUAAACUCUAUCCCAGGGGGGCAAGAGGGUGUUUGGGAAAAUCGUACAAGUGACAGCAACCAGAUGGUCCACAUGAACAUCCUGAUUACCUGCGUCUUUGCUGCUUUUCUCAUGGGUGCUCUACUGGCUGGUCUGAUUGUGUUCUGCUAUAGAGACUCUUUCCUUCACAAACCAAGACAUGUCCACAAGGAUACAGAGUCUGCACCAUCCUGCUCUGACUCUACGGGGAGUUUUAUUAAGCUGAACGGCCUUUUCGACAGUCCUGUAAAGGAGUACCAAACCAACAUUGAUUCACCCAAGCUGUACACUAAUCUGCUGACAAAUGGCAAAGAUUUGAAUACACCUAAUGGUGACAUCAAGACAAUGAUCAUGCGAGACAGCUGCCAGCCCCCAGAGCUGGCUGCUCUGCCCACACCUGAAUCCACUCCAGUUCUUCAGCAGAAAGGCCUCCAGCCCAUCAAGAAUCAAUGGGAGAAAGCUCAUGGGAAGGUCAACGGGUCCCGUAAGGAAUCCAACUCUUCAGCCAAGAGUCCACAGUUCAUUUCCUCUUCCCCUGCAACUCUUAAUGCAAAUUCCCACCACCCUCAUCCUGCUCUGGGACAUUCUAAUAUUCCUAGUGCAGUUGUGUUGCCCAACGCCACUCAUGAUCACCCUAACCUGGAUAGUGGAGAUGAGACUUUACCGCACUCAUCUGAAAAGAAGCUAAAAAACCCUGAAUCUAAAGGAAGUAAAAAGGAUCAAAAGAGGUCUGUGGAUGCUAGGAAUACCUUAAAUGACCUUUUAAAACAUCUCAAUGACUCUGUGGCCAAUCCCAAGGCCAUUCUUCAAGACGGUUCAGGGCCCCGCCCAAGACCGCAGCUCACACUGGAACCGAUGGAGGAACUGACUGAACUACCCCCUCAGGUGCCCAGCCGUGAAGCCUCCUUGUACUCUCCCUCAUCCUCUUUACCAAGGCACAGCCCCACCAAGAGGGUUGAUGUGCCCAUGCCCAGCACUCCCACAACUCCAACGGGAAGCUUAAGCAUGGGGGGUACCCUGGAGAGGCAAAGAGGGGGGUACCAACUCCACCGGAGUGCCUCUCACCGGCACUCCUUAUCAACUUCACCAAAUAGUGUAACCAUGGGGGUGUCUGUGUCUCGCCAACACAGUAUGAACAGAGGCUACAUGCCCCCAACACCCCCCUCCAGACUAGACUCUCAUGGUGCAUUGAUGUCAUCAGGAAUGCACUCACCACACUCAUCUUCUAUGUCCAGACAGAGCAGCUACAGUGGACAUGGCUCACUCCCUCGGACGGGGCUCAAAAGGACUCCAUCCAUAAAGCCAGAUGUGCCCCCUAAACCCAAUGGGUUUUCUCAACAAACUCCUCAAAUGCGAGUAGUCAACAAGUACAGUUACUAAAACACCAUGGACACUUAUAGGUGAGCUCUUGGCGUGUAGAGCUUUGCACUCGAAAGGGCUUGGGGUGUAUGGAUAUGAUAAGGCCUAGUGUGUGUUCGUGUAUCAGCUUGAAGUGUUGCUGUACACAUACACUCACUAUAAAAAGGGAAUACCACACAUUUGGCCAAAGAUACUCAUUGGGACUCGUUCUACCCCAUAUCCUUCCCUGGACAGUGGAUAAUGGUGACUUUGCGUCUCUCCACUGUAUCUGGGACUGAGGGUGUUUUGUUCCAAUGUAAGGAAUGAGGUUAGGGGAACCAGCACAUGUCACAUGUGUAUGUGGUACCUGGGCAAAAAGGGUGGAAUACUUGAAGAAUGGUUCUCAGUUGUUUCUACCCUUGAGCACUGUCUUCCCACUAAUGUGAACUGAACCGAGGAGAAGUAGACCAUAACUGGUUGUACGAUGGUAGUGGGAAGGAACAUGAAUAAUCAUUGUGCGUUCGCUGCUUUAGAUACAAAUGACCACGAACAACUGAGUGGAGCAGCAAGAUGAAAAGGGAGGGCAAAUGAUUGUGUUUGUGGGUGUAUUGGUUGACAGGGAAGCAAAUCUGUGUGGAGGCUGCACACAUGUUCCGCCUUUGAGAGCGGCGCCACAUGUCAGAGGAAGCACCUUAACAUAUGUUAAAGACCUAAGUCACUGUCCAUCAUUUCAACCAUAUUGUCUCUGAACAAGGCCUGAACUUAGUUUUAUGUCAAGCUGUUAGGAAGUAGGUUGGGCCAUGGUUUAGUUGAGUAUGCUGGGUGAAUGCUGAAGCAAGACCUUUGGAACUUACUGGGAAAUUUGACUUGACAUUUGCUGCUACUGGUUUUAGACAUGGAUGUUUAUUUGUCUUUAAUGCAUUGUUACAUUCAGCCUUGCUUGGACAACCCCUGAUAUGGGUGUGGACAUCUGUUUGUGUGUGUAUGUGUGUUAUAUUUUAAACAGAGGCAAAGAGUUAUAGAUUUAAGCAACCAAACACUGUUAAUAUUUUAACAUUGGCAAAAAUGUUUCUCUCCAAGACUGAAACAUCCCUUAUCCUCCGUUGUACAUUUAUAAGUAUUAUGCCAUUCAUUCAAGAGUUUUUUGUUUUUAUGUAGACAUGUUAAAAAGGACACUUGUCAUAUAAUUUCAAACAAGACUUUCAAAAUAAUAUCUUGGUAUCUUGAAUGAAAAUUCCCCUAUGUGAAACUAAUGCAACACUAACGGUUAAGCUCAUUUACGUAAGAACAUUUCUGUGCACUUCCAUUUAACUUGUGUCCCUUAAUUGAAGAACACUAGUUUGCCCCCUACAAUAAAUAAUUCUAUAGAAGAUACUAAACUGACCCUAAAACAAUAAUACAUAGAACAUCUUUUUAAACUGCUCUGCAGCCUGUUUUAGCUGUGCAGCAUCCCUGCGAAUGGCCAGAGUACAAUCAACGCAACAUUUACUAAUGUGUCCAAAUAGUCAUGCUGGCAAUGACAACAUCUUGUACAUACUUAAAUACUAUAAAUAAGUAUUAUGGAUAUUUUUAGGCAAGUGAAUCUGAAUCUGUGCAUUGUGUGCCUUAUUCACAAAACAAUUAGUACAGUAUAUAAUAUCCAAUAUGUCGAUUGGUUCUUUGUAUGUUUCACAUGUUCGAUAAACGUUUUUAUACAAGAAAUUAGAAACUGAGUAGGAUGUGUGUUGGAAAAUCACUACCUAAAAAUCCACUUUGGAGUUCCAGUCUUACACCGGGCCAGUAAAAACACUUAAUUGGAUAUGAAUAAUUUUUUGUCUCAUUUGCUGCCAGUUUUAAAAAGAGUUUUGAUAUUUCACAACAUAGUGGUGCCAUGCAGUGAUUGUAAUUUCAUAACUGUGGGAUGUAGGGUGGUCAGAUCACUGUGAAGCGGACAGCUUAACAUAGUACAUUCAGCCAAUGUAUUAACACAGUGUUCAAGUGUUCACAUAAAAGCUGUCUCUUGGCAUGACCAGCACUGGUACAGAAUCAGUAAUUCUCCAUGAUUGCAAUGACAGGAAUUGUUUCUAUUGGCUAGGAGGGACGAUAAGGGGAUCAUUUCUCGUAGCGGUUGGGUAUAUGAUUAGGGUGAGUUCUGCAGUUUUAUUUUCAUGUCAGUUGCCUGUUCAGCCCAAAACCACAUUUUGUUUACAAAUGAUUGUAUGUAAAGAUUUCUGCCUGUCAUCUAACAGUGUUUGGGCUCUCCUUUUUUCUACUUGCACACUGACAUCUCAAAUUCAACAUACACUGCUCAGCUGCCUUGUACAUUGCAACAUGACCUAUGUUUUUCCUUUUGUUAUCUAAACUGAAGCCUUUGUAUUUCAGUCAGCUUGGUGUACGUCCAGAUGAACUAAUUUUUUUGUCAUGCAACUUUGAUUUAAAUACUGUGCAACAAGGCAACAUGCAGCCAGCUGUAUAUUUGAUCUCCAGAGUAUUUGAGCUUGUAGAUAUGUUGUAAAGUUGUACUGUGAAUGUGUAAAUAAUAAUUAUGAUUUUUUUUUCAUGGUUUCAUAUUUUUUGUUUAUCUUUUUUAACACAGCAUGUAUAGAUGAAAUAAAACAUUACUGCACAGAAA